UGAGGCUGUCUGGGAGAACAUGGCUCGCAUGUGCGUGAAGACUCAGAGGCUCGAUGUUGCCAAAAUUUGCCUUGGAAACAUGGGUCACGCGAGAGGAGCCAAGGCGUUGAGGGAGGCUGAACAAGAACCAGAGCAGGAGGCCAGAGUGGCUGUGCUGGCCGUUCAGCUGGGCAUGCUGGAGGAUGCGGAGCGACUGUACAAGGCUUGCAAACGCUACGACCUCCUAAACAAGUUCUAUCAAGCCUCAAACCAGUGGCAGAAAGCCAUCGAAACAGCCGAAGCUCACGAUCGGGUUCACCUACGCACCACGUACUACAACUACGCUAAGCACCUGGAGGCAAGCGGCGAGCGGAGCCUUGCACUCACCCACUAUGAGAAGUCCGACACACAUAGGUUCGAGGUACCGCGAAUGCUCUCUGAAGACUUACAAGCCCUGGAGAACUACAUCAACAAGAUGAAAGACAGGAGCCUGUGGAAAUGGUGGGCACAGUAUCUGGAGAGCCAAUCAGAUAUGGAAUCGGCACUAAAAUACUAUGCGCUGGCUGAGGAUUAUUUUUCCCUAGUCCGUGUCCACUGCUUUCAGGGCAACGUUCAGAAGGCUGCGGAAAUAGCAAAUGAAACGGGGAAUUGGGCAGCAUCCUAUCACUUGGCCCGCCAGUAUGAGAGUCAGGAUGAAAUCACGCAGGCUGUACAUUUCUACACCAGGGCCCAGGCAUUUAACAAUGCCAUCCGCUUGUGUAAGGAGAACAAUUUAGAUGAUCAGCUGAUGAACCUGGCUCUUCUGAGCUCUCCGGAAGACAUGAUAGAGGCAGCCUGCUAUUAUGAGGAAAAGGGGGAGCAAAUGGACAGAGCUGUCAUGUUAUACCACAAGGCAGGACAUUUCUCCAAGGCACUGGAGCUAGCCUUUGCCACGCAGCAGUUUGGGGCUCUACAGCUCAUUGCCGAAGACCUGGAUGAGAAAUCAGACCCAGCUCUGCUAGCUCGCUGUUCUGAUUUUUUUAUUGAACAUGCUCAAUAUGAGAAGGCAGUGGAGUUGCUGCUAACAGCCAAAAAGUACCAUGAAGCUCUGCAACUUUGCCUGAAGCAGAACCUGACCAUCACAGAGGAGAUGGCCGAGAAGAUGACGGUCCCUAAGGACUCCAAGGACCUCUCUGAGGAGUCCCGGAGGGAACUGUUGGAGCAAAUUGCUGACUGCUGCAUGCGACAAGGCAAUUACCACAUGGCGACCAAGAAAUACACGCAAGCAGGAAACAAGUUAAAGGCUAUGAGGGCACUGCUGAAGUCUGGAGAUACGGAGAAAAUUGUCUUCUUUGCGGGAGUUUCCAGACAAAGAGAGAUUUAUAUCAUGGCAGCCAACUAUCUACAAUCACUGGAUUGGCGUAAGGACCCCGAGAUUAUGAAGAACAUCAUCAGCUUCUAUACUAAAGGAAGGGCCCUUGACCUACUGGCAGGUUUCUACGACGCAUGUGCUCAGGUAGAAAUCGAUGAGUAUCAGAACUACGAGAAAGCACAAGGAGCACUGACAGAAGCAUGUAAGUGCCUUUCAAAAGCAAAGACUAGAAGCCCUCUGGAACAGGAAAGCAAACUAGCACAUUUGCAAAGCAAGAUGACCCUGAUUAAGCGAUUCAUCCACGCUCGGAGAGUUUACUCUGAAGACCCCAAAGAAGCAGUCAGACAGUGUGAACUUCUCCUAGCUGAAGAAGAUUUUUACGACGCCGUCCGUCACGGCGAUGUCUUGGGAUUUCUGGUUGAACAUUAUGUACAAGUGGAGGAUUUCCAUAUGGCUUACAGGUAUGUGGAAGAGAUGCAGAAAAGAAUUCCACCCACGAACCUGAGCUGCUACGUGACUCAGCAGACCGUUGAGGCGGUUCACCGAGGAGUAGGCAUUCCCGUAAGCCGAACGCUGGUUCCAGAGCAAAUUUGCCACAGCGGUAUGGAGAACAGGGAGGUGGAAGAAGAAGUGGCUGAUGAAGUGGAGGACCCUUGA